UCAGGUGUAUCCCUCAAUGACUGUCUGUUCUUCUGCUUACCGCUACAGUGUGGAACAUGGUGGAGAGAACAGAAUGAAACCUGGGCUUAGAAAAUAUGGCUGUGAUCUCACACUGGACCCAAACACAGUAAACAGACACCUCUCUCUGUCUGAGGAGAACAGAAAGGUGACAUGGAGGACAGAGGAGCAGCCGUAUCCUGAUCACCCAGAGAGAUUUGAGGACUGGGGACAGGUGCUGUGUAGAGAGGGUCUGACUGGGCGCUGUUUCUGGGAGGUAGAGUGGAGUGGGAGAAGGGCCUGUAUUGGAGUGACAUAUAAAGGAAUCAACAGGAGAGGAGGGGUUAAUGACUGUUGUCUUGGAUACAAUGACAAGUCCUGGAGUCUGUCCUGCUCUGACAACAGUUACAGAGCCAGGCACAAUAAUAAACCCACUACCAUAGACGUCCACCCCUCCAGACCCCACAGAGUAGGAGUGUAUCUGGACUGGCCAGCCGGCACUCUGUCCUUCUAUAGAGCCUACUCUGACACACUGACCCACCUGAACACAUUCACCUCCACAUUCACUGAGCCCCUCUAUCCAGGGUUUGGGGUUUAUGAUGAAUCCACAGUGUCCCUGAAAUAAUAACACACUGAACGAUCACACACACACACACACUGGACACACACUAGACACACACACACUGGACACAAACACACUGGACACACACACACUGGACACACACACACUGGACACACACACACUGGACACACACACACUGGACACACACACACACUGGACACACACACACUGGACACAAACACACUGGACACAAACACACACACACAC